AUGGUCGCGGUCGCCCUGCUGCCGUGCCCGCUGUCCGGGCGGGACUUCCUCAAGGCCUCGCACUUUGCACUGGGGCCCGACCCGCGGCUGCACAUGGGCGCCAUGCAAUCCACGUCGCAUCGGGACUUCGGGGCGCACCCGGGAGGCACCCGCGCACCGCAGUGCCAGGAGCCGCCCCGCGGGUCCCUCUUCGCCCAGGACACGCGCUCGGCGGGCACAGAGCUCGGGUCGGAGGCGCACUGUGCGUACGCGCCCCCGGGGCCGUCGCCGUCCGCGCGGUCGGAGACGCGGGAGCGCACCCUCGCCGUGCAGGCCAGCGACUUGCGCGUGCACGCGGGCCCGCGCGUCCGCACCGGCCUCUCCACCGUGCGCGCCGACUUCGGCUGGCCCGAGCCGCCGGCGCGCGCGAGCGAGCAGAUCCGCGGCGCGCGGCUCAUCUUCGACCGCGACUCGGUGCCUCCUGGCGACAGAGCCAAGCUGCGCAUCCCACCCACCACCUACCAGGCGUUUUACGCCCCCCACGACCCGUGCCCACGGUCCCGCGCGCCCUGCUGCCACCUCGGGGGUCUCAACCCCCUCAGGUGGGACCACAGGAGACAGGAUGAUGGGACCUCCUACCAGAGGCACUUCCAGGCCCUGCCGAGCGCACCGGCCUUGAUGUGUAAGAGGGCCUUCUCCAGCGUGGAACUGGGAGACUUCAAGAUUGGCCAUGGGCCCAUGUGUUCGGAGCAGAAGCAAGCCUACAGGCCCCAGGGUCUGCCCCCAGACAGGUAUGACAAGGCCCAGGCCGCAGCCCACAUCCACUAUGUGAAUAUUCGUCCUGGAGAUGGCUUGUUCCAUGACAGGACCACCAAAGCUGAUCAUUUCUAUGCCCCAGAGCCAGAGCCUUUUGUCCUUCACCAUGACCAGACUCCAGCAUCGCACAUCCUGGAAGGAAACUGGUGCCCUGGUCCAGGCAGCCUCACCACCUCCAUGCAUUUCUUCCAUGGUCAGCCACCGCCCGUGACCGAACCACCCAGCCGCCACGUGCCUUACGAGAAAUGGAAGAGUCACGUGCGUCUAGGGGACUCCUCGCUGCUCGAACAGUUCUUCCAGACCUCCACGGGCACGGACUAUUGCCCCCGUGGGACGCCAGAGAAGCCGCAGAAAGCGCCCAGUCUCCACUUGCUGCGUAGCAACCUGCCCCGGGGCACCGACGAAACAGAUUUUUUAACCACGAACCAGAAGAUGCUGAAGCCUCAUAGAACAGCUCUGGCCUCCGUGACUGAGGACAUGCUACAGCGGUGUAAGUACAGCCACAUUGAGCCCCCGCUGGGUGGACAGCGCUUCUUCUCAACCCAAUACGAGCAUGAGUUUCCCUCCAAGUACCAGGGCCCAGCAGUGCUGAGAUUGGUCAAUCUGCAGGACAGCCAUGUGCCUCUGGGCUCCCCUCGCCAGUGGGGCUGUGGGGCUGGGAAGGUAGACCCUUGGGCCCCCCAGGCCCCCACCUACCCAUGCCCUAGCCAGCAAUAA